GAAAGAAAGUAGGGUGACUUGAGAGAUGACAUCAUUCCUCAUUUGAAUAAAUCUCAGCCGGGGUAGCGAUUGGUUGUGAGCUGGAGAAAGUCGAGUUACUUGGCUAUUCAUCCCUUUCAAUUUCACCCCCGCGCGCAAUGCCGUGGUAAAACCCUCUCCGCCUGUCCAUCCGUCCCGGCCAGUAGAGAUUGUCUGCGUGGACUGCAAAUCGCUUUUCCUUUCUUUGGAAGGGACGUGCAUCACUUCUGAAAUCGGCGGUCGACAGAAGUUUCUUGGUAAUCUGGCUGCUGUACUUUGGCCUGUUUUUCAUCUCGUUCGGUUUCAUUUUCCAAUUUGUUACACUUUGUAUUCGAGGAUUCUGAAAGGAGUCGGAGGAUAUUGUCAAACACUGGGCGUAGCUGGAGAUCAAGCUAUAGCUAGCAACACUGCGUUGAUCAGACUCCACCAUCACCUGAGAGCAGUCACCAUCUUCAGUCUCAAGCUCUCCAGCCCUCCUCUGCAGAGACGGACAGCCAGGACUGAGGGGAGAUGAAACCGGAUGGGGUUGCCACGGCAGCGAUGGAGCCAAUGGAAGCACUGGACGCCGAUCCGGUAAACGAGCCAGUUGUGAUGGGAGAGGAGCCUAACCAGGCUGCGCCGGCACCUCAGACGGAGGGAGUUGGCCAGCAGGGAGAGAUGGGGCAGGGCGAGCCUCAACCAGAGCCAGCCCAGGUGGCCCCCACCAAGACGGGAAACAGCAAGGCUGCAGCAGACCCAAAAGCCAAGACCAAGGCCCCCGCUGCUAAGACAAAGCCUGGGACCACCACCACAAUUAAGACCACGGCCGGACCAGGGUCUCGACCCAACACCGCCCAGAGCCGACUGACCAAUGGGGUUUCCAAGCCACAUGCCAACGGAGUGGCCAAGAAGACCACCACUGGAGCCCCAGAGAAGACCACGCCCAAGAGGCCCGUAGGCACAGCCGUUGCCCCUACCACUAAGACCAUCGCCAAGGUUGGUGAGAAGAAGCCAGCGGGCACCACCCGCCCUGCCUCGGCUCCUGCUGCCACCAAUGGGGUGAAGGCCACCACAGGAACAGCAGCAAAGAAGACACCUGCGGCGCCAACUAAUGGUGUCAAAGCCACCACCACCGCUGCUAAGAAGCCCACAGCUCCCCGGCCUGUCUCUGCAGCUACCACCAAGCCCAGCACUGCCGCCGCUCCCAAGCCUGAUAGGCCUCCUGUUUCCAAGACAACCAGGCCUGCCACUGGUGCUCCAGGAUCUCGCCCUGCCUCUGCUGCAGCCAGGCCAGCCACAGCCAGCACAGCCAAGAUCUCCACAUCCACAGCCAAGCCUGGCACCCCCACGGCUAAAACCACCUCCACCACUCCCAGACCUGCCUCUGCCAACGCCGUCUCUACAACACCCUCAGCUGGACGGACCCCGACAUCACAGCCCUCAAAAACUCCCAUCAAGAAAGAUGUUACCAAAUCAGCCACCAAGAAGCCUGCAGCGGCUCCUCUCACUCGUACCUCACCAGCCAAGACCACCAAACCUGAGACUCCCAAAUCAGCCUCCGCAUCCAAGCCAGACUCCACCCCCAAGAAGCCGGCUGCCAGCAGCAAGGCCGCCGACACCAAGAAGACGCCAAGCAAGCCUACGCCUUCAAAGGAUGUCAGUGCUGGCCCCAAGACCCCUAGUACCAAGCCCACGCCUUCAAAGGAUGUCAGUGCCGGCCCCAAGACCCCUAGUACCAAGCCAGCAGGGAAGGCUUCCACCCCUAAGAAGACUGUGGGCAGCAACACUCCCAUGGCAGUAAAGCGUGGCCCCAAACCCACAACGGCGGCAGAGCCCGCGACUGAAACUGGUGAGACCCAGGACGCCGCUGUUGCUGCUGCCAUAGCUGCAGCUUCCUCGGCUGCUGUAGUCUCCAUGGCAACCUCGGAAGAAGCAGUGGUGGCUGCAGUCCCAGAGGAGAAGGAGACUGUGCCCCCUCAGGCCAGCCAGCCAAAGGAGGCCCCAGAGGCCUUUAUCUCUCAGCUGUCAGCUCAGCUGGACCUGGUCCACCUGGAAGAGCCAGCAGACACAGUGUCUCCCCUGGGCACCACGGUCAUGUCUCCUCCAUGCUCCCCCAUCGGGCCCAUGUCCCCGGUCAGGGAGCCCCAGAAUGCCUCUGCUCUGCUGGACAUGCACGUCCAGCCAGAACCCAGGUCCCAGAGCCAGUCUGCCAUGGCUCCACAGAGUCCAGUCCAGGAGGAGGUGAUUUUCCAGCCAGACUCCUGGGCCCAGAACCAGUCUGCCAUGUCUCCACAGAGCCCGGUCCAGGAGGAGGUGAAGGUCCAGCCAGACUCCUGGGCCCAGAACCAGUCUGCCAUGUCUCCACAGAGCCCUGUCCAGGAGGAGGUGAAGGUCCAGCCAGACUCCUGGGCCCAGAACCAGUCUGCCAUGUCUCCACAGAGCUCGGUCCAGGAGGAGGUGAAGGUCCAGCCAGACUCCUGGGCCCAGAACCAGUCUGCCAUGUCUCCACAGAGCCCGGUCCAGGAGGAGGUGAAGGUCCAGCCAGACUCCUGGGCCCAGAACCAGUCUGCCAUGUCUCCACAGAGCCCGGUCCAGGAGGAGGUGAAGGUCCAGCCAGACUCCUGGGCCCAGAACCAGUCUGCCAUGUCUCCACAGAGCCCGGUCCAGGAGGAGGUGAAGGUCCAGCCAGAUGAGCAGCAGGAGGACCUCCUCAUGCCCUCCUCUUCAACCCCUCCUGCAUUCAGCAUGAUAUCUCAGCCCAUGGAUGAGUUCACCUCAGGGGUCCUGGUCUCUCCCUCUCAGGACCAGGAGGAGGCAGUGGAGAAGGCAGAUGAGGAGAUCAACGAAGAUGAUGACAAUGAUGACAAUGAGGAAGAAGAGAGGAUGGUGGGCAAGCCGACAUCACUGUUUGACAAGAGUAGCUCUCAGCCCUCUGAGGAGGCAAAGCCUGCAGGCUUCAGUGGUGCCACCAGUUGGCAUGAGGAUGACCUCUUGUCAGGGAUGGACUCUGAGGAUGUGAGCAGUAUGAGCAGCCGCCUGCAGGAGUCGUCAGAGAUUAGCAGCACCCAGCACACAGGCCUGCUGCAGGGUACCCAGAAAUCCGACGCCCUGGUAGACUCCAGCCUCAAGGGCUCCGAGGGAGAAGGGGCCUUCAUGUGCUCCCCCGAUGUGGAGACCCUGGCCAACGAGGAGGAAGAUGAGGAAGAGGAUAGGAAAGUGUGCAAGCCGACAUCACUAUUUGACAUGAGUAGCUCUCAGCCCUCUGAGGAGGCAAAGCCUGCAGGCUUUGGUGGUGCCACCAGUUGGCAUGAGGAUGACCUCUUGUCAGGGAUGGACUCUGAGGAUGUGAGCAGUAUGAGCAGCCGCCUGCAGGAGUCGUCAGAGAUUAGCAGCGCCCAGCACACAGGCCUGCUGCAGGGUACCCAGAGCUCCGACGCCCUGGUAGACUCCAGCCUCAAGGGCUCCGAAGGAGAAGGGACCUUCAUGUGCUCCCUCGAUGUGGAGACCCUGGCCAUCGAGGAGGAGGAAGAUGAAGAUGAGGAUAGGAAAGUGUGCAAGCCUACAUCACUAUUUGACAUGAGUAGCUCUCAGCCCUCUGAGGAGGCCAAGCCUGCAGGCUUCAUUGGUGCCACCAGUUGGCAUGGGGAUGACCUCUUGUCAGGGAUGGACUCUGAGGAUGUGAGCAGUAUGAGCAGCCGCCUGCAGGGGUCGUCAGAGAUGAGCAGCACCCAGCACACAGGCCUGCUGCAGGGUACCCAGAGCUCCGACGCCCUGGUAGACUCCAGCCUCAAGGGCUCCGAGGGAGAAGGGGCCUUCAUGUGCUCCCCCGAUGUGGAGACCCUGGCCAUCGAGGAGGAGCGAGUUGAUGUUGAUGAUAUGGACUUGAGCUCAGAGCGGGCAGUGGACCACCGGAAGGUGUGUCAGCAGGAGGAUGAGGAGGAGGAUGAUGAUGAAGAUGUGGAGAUGCCCAGCGAAGGGGUGACGGAGAGUGGACUGGAGAGCUGUGGGAACGCAGACGAGGACGACUACACAGAGGAGGACCGCUUGGAUAACCUCAGCCGUUCACCCAUCCCACCUUCCUCAGCCUGGGGUCAGACAAACCCCUUCACUGACCCCUGGGCCCAACCCCACCUCUCCUCCCCCCACACCGCCUCCAGCCCCCUGUCUGACCACGGGGCUGACGGCCCUGAGACGCCCACCCAGUCCUCUGCCCAGGCCUGGUUGGACCUCAGUGCCCCCUCUCUGAUGCUCCAGUCAGAGCAGCCCUCAGAGCCUCAUUCUGCCCCUGAGGAGAUGGAGAGCUCUGCCCCAGCGGAGGCCUCUGCUCCCCCAGGGCCCCAUGCUGUGGGCAUGUCUCAGUCCAGCACCCUGAGUGGCACGGCCCUGGCCGUCCACAGCAGCAGUGAAACCAGCACUCCCGAGGAGCUCCGUGACUAUGACAGCAGCUCCGGGGUGGAGUCACGCUCUGACAAGCAGCAGACUCCCGUGCCAUCCAAUGUGCAGCCUGACCUGGAGCAGGACUUGGGCAUCCAUCUGGAGCGAGGUGACGAGGAGGAGGAGGCUGAGACGCUCCCUGCUGACGAGGUCCUGGGAGCAGGCCCUCCUACUGCCCCCGCCUCUGCCCCCUCCUCCCCCUCCACUUCGGGAGACGAGGCCAGCGACACGGAGGGUGAGAUGCAGAUCAACGACCCAGAUGUCCCCGUCACCAUGGAUGACGGUGCUGAGUUCGACAGCCCACCGUCCGCCUGUAUCCUGCCUGCCCUGGAAGAGGAGGUGGUGGAGGUGCCGGCCGGAGAAGGAGAGGAGGACGGGGGUGGCGGCACGCCCCAAUCUGCCAACUCAGUGGCGUCUUACGGCUUUGACUGCACCAUGUCCAACUCCAACGCCCACUCCACUGCCGAGAGCUGCGGUAAGAGCCCCGGCAUCUUCUCCCUGGAGAACGAGGACCAGUUGCCCGAGGAGGCCAAGGACCCCUCCCUCAUCAAGGAGCUGACCCUGCCAGCAGCGGCCGCCCAGUCAGAGGAGCUGCUGGGAGGCCCUGUAGACCUGCUGCCCCUGGGCCAGCCUGGGGACCAGCACCACUACAUGCUGGGGGGGAAGGUGGAUGCUGACGACCUGGAGGCCAACACCCUGGAGGACACCCUCCGCCUGGGGCCCCAGCAUGCCGGGGAGGCCAGCGAGGGCCAGCCACCCUACUACUCUGCUAUAUGCGAUAAGACUGAUAGCUUUCUGGCAGGUAACGUAUAAGUCCCUACCCCUGGAAUGCACCUUCUCUCCCCCCCCCCCCCUGUUGUUCUUAGUUUUUCUCUCGAGGUGGGUUAGAUGGUUUAGAAAAACAAGCAAAUGAUGGUAGGAAACAAAAAGCAAGGGGAACAAAAAAGACUGUAGAUCAGUGAAGCCUCCCUCUUUCAUACUACUAUUAUGGUUAUGAAUGUAUGGCAGUACUUUAUGUACAAUAGCUACUAGCUACCAUUUUCUAUUAGAAUGUUCUUUUGAAGUAACACUCCGUAACCCCUGAGGGGGUAUUGACUGACUGGUCCGUUGGGACAAAGCUCUUAAAAGAAAAGGAGAAUGGACUCUACCUACAUGUGUAUUUAUCCUACUGUUUUUACCAAACAAAUGUCAAUUAUUAUUUUUUUGUACUUGUUUUGUUGGAACCCGGUCCUCCCUCCCCUAUGUACACGCUCCAUUUGAUCCUGCACCGUAGAGAUAUCCUACUCUCUUUUUUUACAAGUUUGUCGUUUUGCUUUCAACACCAUUUUAGUAUCUAAUAAAGGCUAGAUAUUUAACAUGGCUUUCCUCCCUUUACAGUUUUCUUACGGCCCGUAUGAGAGUGUUCGAUUUGAAGUUUGUCUAGAUUUAAUUUGCGCUACAGGAAGUUUGCCUCUCCCUGCAUAGAUUAUCGUGGCAAGUAACGUUGUCAUGUACAGUGUGUUUUGAGGCAUCUGUUUUAAGUGGUCAUGCUUCAUGCCUCUCUUAGUUGAUCAUUUGUGCUUCAGAACCAACUAACAACUAUUUGUGGGAAAAAACCUGCAUUCCUCUGCAUUUAGAAUGACGCUCACUGAAAACGCUUUUCUCACUGAAAACGCUUUUAGUGAUAUUGGAUAUUUCAACUUGCAUGUACUAACAUUGAAAUUGUAUCUGAUUAAACCAUUAUACACUAGCGAUGUUCAUAAAUGAAUGGUUCAUGCUAAGUAGGUUUUUCAAAAUUCCAUUAAACAUCAUUGCAAGGCA